CGUGCUCGUCAUUUGCAGACCGGCGAGGAUCGAUGGCAGCGGUUCGAUGCCUGGCGAGAAGGCUCGGUGGAACGCUGGCGGCGGCCGCGGAGGGGCGACGCCAACUCGUGCCAAGAAGGUUCGUCAGCGAGCAUGCUCAUGAGAUGAAGCAGAAGAUGAGGAAGCAGAAGGUGGAGGAGCUGUAUGAUGCCUUAUACAAGCGGGGGGAGAUUCCCACCACUAGUCCCUCUGUACAAGCCAGUCAAGAACCCGACCCUCUGCGUACUCGGCGUUAUGCAAUGAGGAUUCGGGGUGUGUUUGACUUAGCUGCCAAGAUGACGUUAGGCUUUAUGCUGGUUGCUUAUGCGGUUAGUCCCAAACUGCCCAGAGAAGAGGACACCACCAAUAAUUGCCCACAAUGCGGCUUGAGAACAUCAACGACCAGAGAAGGCACCACCAAUAAUUGAGAACCAAAGAUGAUGCUAUCUUUAAUUUGUGAUAUUGUGUGACAUGGUAUCAUGUAAUUAUAUCUCUUGUCUAUUAACUAAUUGAGUACAAUAUACAGUACUCGAACAAAUU